GGCUAGAUGUUGCAUAUAAAGGAUUUACUAUCAGUGUGUACUGAGAGUGCAUUCGGUGCACGUGUACUUGGGAUUACAUGAGUUUGAUUGUACGAUAUAAUUUAUCAAUUACGCAGUGUCAAAGUCUAAACUGAUCACUGAUCACAAUUACUGAAUCGUCACUGAAAAACGAUAUUAUAUAUUCCUUAGGAAUAAAUAAGUUUGAUAGAUAAUUACAUAACCGUUUGUUCUUGGUCUUUGACCCGCAUUCUAACCUGUCACGUGCCAUCGUUGCAUGUAAAAAGUGAACGAUAUUUAGCAUAAUAUUGAUACAACUGUAAUGCUAUCAAAUUGCCUAAAAUAUUUAAUGCGUUGAUAAAUAUAUUACAUGUGAGAUAACAUUGUCGAAGCUUGAGAAUGAAGGAAGAGGUGAUUAAUCAAGAGUUGGAUAAGGACCAAUGGAAAUUAGAAGCUCAAGCUAUUAUAAAUGACGUGAAACAUCAUGUAAUGGACAUAAAAGUAUCAGAAAAAUUACAAAAUAGUAAUCAGUUCUUCUAUUUAAAUUUAAUCACAUUAGAAAACUUGAAGUUUUGUAUAGAACUAUCAAAUGCUGGUUUUACCAUCGUUGGUAAUGAGCACGAUAACAUAUCAAAUAGAGGAGACGAGCAGUUCGAAACACUAUAUAGUUUGUUGAAUUUUGUUAGUCCACAAUAUAGAUAUUCUUUUGGAAAUUCACUUAUUGAUAAACUCAAACAAUUAAAUGACUUCCAAUGAACAAAUUCGAUUAAAACUUUUGGUAUUUUCAUUCCUUAUUUUUACAUUAUCACGAAAAAAAUUAUUACAACGUUAAAUAUAUAUAUUAACAAAUGUUAGAUUUAAUUAUUUGAAUAUUUUUCAACAAUAAUCAUUUUAAAUUUAAAAUAAAUUAUGAUUAUCGUCAAAUGUA